UGGAGCAAGAAGCGAGUUUGUUUAUACGGUUUUAAAGUUUUUAAAUUUUUCUGAGCACGAAUAUGCUACGCAUUAUACCAUUUUACAAAGAGUAGCGUAAAACAUAAGUAAAUUAACGGGAACAUAGAAAACACGAAAAUGCGCACAACUCCGGCUAUGGCGGACGAACGAAACUUUCGUUCCACCUACUAUGAAAAGGUAGGUUGUAGGAGUGUAGAAGAACGUAAAUCACUCGAAAUUCUGCUAAAGGAUAAGCCGCUGAAUGUGUUGAAAUUGAAACAGUUCUGCAUCCGUUUCACUGUUCCAAACAUUCAUCGUAAUGUACUAUGGAAUUUCCUGUUAGGAGUAACUCCAGCGUACACCGAUUCCCGGCAGUACGUGAUGACCCAGCGUGAGGCAGUGUAUAACGAUCUGCAGAGAGCGCUGCAGGUGCUACGAGUCGUAGAUGAAAAAACCCCUAAACACCGGGUGUUGUACGCUAUGUGGCUCCUGGAAACUAAACAACUAUGUCUCGGAUAUGACCUCAAUAAAGAAAAUCCAUUUUCCAAAAUCACUGAAGUACUACUACAGAUUUUCGAUAACGACAUCGAAAUUUACUGGAUGGCGAAAGGUUUCCACGAAUAUAGUCACGAGAUUCAGGAAGAGAUGGGAAAACUUUCCGAUUUAACUAGUACCAUACUCGAUAAGGAGGAUAAUGGAAUGUUUCUGCAUCUGAAGUCAUGUGAUAUUUUAUCGGUGCUUCCGUUAGCCAAAUGGUACGGUUCAUUUUUUGCUGGCGUGUUGUCGGAACUGGCCUUGAUACGGAUAUGGGAUAAAAUCUGCGGAGGUUCGAUCAAAAUUGUGAUUUUUGUGUUCAUUGAGAUUUUGCGCACCCUGCGAAGGCGUGUGCUACGCUCCGUGGAUCUAAACUCAUUGCUGGAAUGUAUAGAUAGCAUACGCGACGAACAGGAGACAGCUGAUUUGAUCGUUAAUAAGGCUAUCGAGUUAUGGCAGCAAAACAAAGGACACAACGAGUUUAUUUUACAGUCAAAGUCUAAAACUCUUAUCUGAGAUCGUGCUUCGUUAAAACAUUUUAAUUAGACGCUUUAUUUUAACUGCUAUCUACAAUAAUGUAAAAGUGUAGUGUAGUCUGUGUUUAAACAAUUAAGUUAAACCUGCAUGCUAAAAUAUAUAUAAAAA